AUGACGACGCCUAAAAACAAACGCAAGUUUGGCUGGAUGAAGCGCCUGGUCAACGGAGGCAAGGAGGGCGAGCUGAGCAGGACAGACAACACAAACACAGGAGGUUCCAACACAGGCAGCACAAAGGAGAACGUUGGUAUUGCCAGUGCCCAACCCAUGACCUUUGAUACGCCACUGGAAGACGUUCCUCAGCUGAAUCAACCGACCCAACCGACCCACUCGCAGUCUUCUCAACAGACCGAGACGCAAGCCAACCACGUGACUCAGACCGGCUCAAAUCACGCCCAGAACACAGACUAUGACAACUCGUAUGGUACCUCAUACAACGCCGACAACUCGGAAAUGAACUCUGGAUCGGACUCAGAAAAUGGCAGUGUGUACUCCCAACCAUCCAACAACAACGCAGCCGACUUUUACGGACAGAUGUACGAUGUCCACAACUCGUCCCAGCUGUACCCUUCACGCAUGGACAACUCGUCUACCGAGGGUAUCAAGAGCGUGCGCGACAACCACAGUAUGCGCAGUGGCUCUGUGUUGACGGAUAUGGCCAACCACCCUGCCGGAUCGACAAUCGGAUCGCCCCGUUCAAUCGCAAAGUCUGUGGGGUGGCACAGUGUGGGUUCUCGGUCACCCAAAUCGAUCAAGUCGACUGAUUCGCUUAAAUCUGGCAUUGUCGGCAACUCGUGGCGUCGAAGAGACUACUAUAAGUUCCUCACAGACGAAGAUGAUGACGGUUCCUCCAUUACAGGAGACAAUCAUGAGGGAGGGCCUUCCUCGAGUCACCAUGUUCGAAUUGACAGUGACAGACUGGACAGUCGAGGAAGCGGAACCCACCCUCAUUCCCCUCUGGCUCAAAGUCAUUCGUCUUCUUCUCUCAUGUUUGACGCUCCUUCAAGUCCCCAAGUUCAUGAUGAACACCUCCCUUCUUCAAGCACAGCUCCCCACCAUCACAGUAAUUUAGCUGACUCCAUGGUUGUCGCAGAAGAUUACCAACAGUCAAACGUUUCUUCUUCUGCUCUCCAUGGUCUAGGAGUGUCCAUGGAGGGUCUUAACGUCAAUGACGACAACAGUAACAACAGCAACAACAGCAUUUCCGAAUCUUCUUCUACCGAAGGAGCUGAGCAGGAUGGUCCCUCAACCGCUGGAAGCUCUGCCAGAGGAAUUCGAAACGGUUCUCACCAUAGCAUUGACCACAACGACAACGGCAAUGCCACAUCUUCGCAUUACAACAACAACGGCAACGGCCAUGGUAAUAGCAACUACAAUGGCAGCUAUAACGUCAACACAAACCCCAACGCUGCGGCUAGAUCGACAUCAUACUCUUCGUCUCUCUCCACUUCUGGUUUUGCGUCUCCGUCAAUCAUGUCCCAGAACUCGGACGGGGCCUCGACCAGCUACACGGUGCCCUCGGGGAUGCACCAUGUGCAACUGCAGCCGCAGCAACACCAGGGCCAUCAUCAUGGCCAACAAAAUCUGCAGGUGAACACCGUGCCCAAUCUCGACAACGCAUCUAUCAUCACUCUUGCGUCUUCUUCCAAACGACGACGACGACGGUCCGUUGACACUAUGGCUAGCACUCGGGGAAUUGCUCCUGCUAGUCUGUAUGUCAACCGGUCCGUGGAGUCGCUUCCCAUGGACACUGACACUGAGACCAACCAUUCUGUUGAGAGGUAG